GGCGGUACAGCGUCCGCAUGUUAUUCUUUCCCCCAUUUAAUUUGUCACGUGGUGAAAUUUGUACUCUAUUUUUCAAAGCUCUAAGAUUAAUCACAAAUACUGAAGUCGGUUCCUUCAGCUAGGUAUUGAAAUUUCCUCCGCCAUUAAAGCUCUUCACUAUGCCUCCUGUAAAAUCAAACCCAAUUAAAGUUUCACAGCCUCUUGCAACAACUGUAAAAAAGAAGAAGUAUUUUUUCAAAUCAUCUACCAACACAAACUUAACAAAAAAUCCAGUACUGAAAGAACAACUGGAAGCAAAACGUCCAAAAAAUGUUGCUAGAUUACCAACUAAGGCUGGUGAGGCAUCUUCAAAUUGGAAAACACUGAGCAUGCAGAUUAAGCCAGUGCAGUCGAAAGGUAGGUUAUUAUACUUAGAAAGGAAGAAAAAGGAGGCAGCAAAGAAGGAUGAAGAAAGUUCUGAAGGAAUUGUGGCAUGUAAAAAAACUAGUGAAGAUCUUGAUGUCUGGUUUGAUGAUGUUGACCCCAUUUUAUUGGACAGUCAAAAUAAUUGUGUGACAAGCACAGUUCAAAGUGGCUUGAAUGGAAAAUCGACAGAGCUUACCAAAGUUUUGGCUUUGGAUUGUGAAAUGGUAGGGAUUGGAAAUGAAGGAAAAGAAUCCGCACUAGCAAGGGUGUCAAUUGUAAAUCAACAUGGAGAAUGUAUCUAUGACAAGUUUGUUUUACCUGGAGAAGAAGUUACAGACUACAGAACUUCCUUUUCAGGAAUAAGACCUCACAAUUUAAAAAAUGCAAUUCAACUUGGAAUCGUCUGCCAUGAAGUAGCUGAAAUUUUAAAGGGUCGAAUUUUGAUUGGGCAUGGCUUGAACCACGAUUUGGAAGUACUCAUGAUCAAACACCCCAAAUCGAACAUUCGGGAUACGUCACGAUUCAAAGUGUUUCGUUCAGUAGUAAAUGGAGCAACACCAAGUUUGAAAAGGCUGGCACAACAAUUUUUGGGAAUUGAAAUUCAAACGGGAGAACACAGUUCGGUACAAGAUGCACAAGCUGCGUUGCGUUUGUAUACGAUGUUUCAUCAACAAUGGGAAGCGGAUUUGAUUGCCCGAAGGGCAGAAAGAAAUUCCAAAAUUGUGAAGGGGAAAAAAUCAAGCAAGGAAAGCAUUCAAAGCAAGGACAGCAUCCAGUAGUAAUGCUCCAAAUAAUACUGAUGUUGAUAAUACUUCUUGACACUUCUGUAAAUGUGUACUUCUCAUUCAAUAAAAUUGAGAUACAUUUGA